GAUUUGCAGAUUUACAGAAUGGCCAAACGUUAAUGGAAAGAGAAGCAUAAACUAAACCUAUCUUCUUUCAUUAUGGAGACAGGCUUGGCAGAUGGAGAGCCUGACCGAACUUCGCUUCUUGGUGAUAGCAAAGAUGUCCUUUGGCCAUCAACUGUUGUAGCAAACAGUGACGAAGCUCAACUUCUGACACCAGGAAAGAUGAGUCAGCGCCAAGGGAAAGAAGCUUAUCCAACGCCAACCAAAGAUUUGCAUCAGCCAUCUCUCAGUCCAGCAAGUCCUCAUAGCCAGGGUUUUGAAAGAGGGAAGGAAGAUAUUUCUCAAAAUAAAGAUGAAUCUUCACUUUCUAUGUCAAAGAGUAAGUCUGAAUCUAAACUUUAUAAUGGCUCGGAGAAGGACAGCUCAACUUCAAGCAAGCUCACAAAAAAAGAAUCUCUUAAGAUUCGUGGUACUCUAAAGAGCUGGACCAAGUUGUGGUGUGUGUUGAAACCUGGGGUGCUACUGAUCUAUAAAACACAAAAAAAUGGUCAAUGGGUAGGAACGGUCCUUCUGAACGCCUGUGAAAUCAUUGAGCGUCCAUCAAAAAAGGAUGGCUUUUGUUUCAAACUUUUCCAUCCUCUGGAACAAUCUAUUUGGGCAGUGAAGUGCAUGUUUCUCAAAGAAAAAAAUGGAAUGUUUAAAGGAAGGUGCUGGAUGGAUGCUUUGGAGUUGGCUUUGAAAUGUUCUAGUCUUCUUAAACGUACAAUGAUCAGGGAAGGGAAGGAACAUGACCUGAGCAUUUCAUCAGAUAGCACACAUGUGACUUUGUAUGGCUUAUUACGUGCUAACAAUCUCCACAGUGGUGACAACUUUCAGUUAAAUGAUAGUGAAAUUGAACGACAACAUUUUAAGGACCAAGAUAUGUAUUCUGAUAAAUCUGAUAAAGAAAAUGAUCAAGAACAUGAUGAGUCUGAUAAUGAGGUGAUGGGGAAAAGUGAAGAAAGUGACACGGAUACAUCAGAAAGGCAAGAUGACUCAUAUAUUGAACCUGAGCCUGUUGAGCCUUUAAAGGAGACUACCUACACUGAACAGAGCCAUGAAGAACUUGGAGAGGCAGGUGAGGCUUCUCAAACAGAAACUGUGUCUGAAGAAAACAAAAGCCUUAUCUGGACACUGCUCAAACAAGUUCGUCCUGGCAUGGACCUGUCCAGGGUGGUUCUGCCUACAUUUAUCUUGGAACCCCGUUCUUUCCUGGAUAAACUUUCAGAUUACUACUAUCAUGCAGAUUUCCUAUCUGAGGCUGCUCUUGAAGAAAAUCCUUAUUUCCGCUUGAAGAAAGUAGUGAAAUGGUAUUUGUCAGGAUUCUAUAAGAAGCCAAAGGGACUGAAGAAACCUUAUAAUCCUAUACUUGGUGAGACUUUCCGUUGUUUAUGGAUUCAUCCCAGGACAAACAGCAAAACUUUUUAUAUUGCUGAACAGGAUAGUGAAGUUUUUAUUACUGACAAAAAGACUGAUAAUUCAGAGGUUUUCUGGAAUCCAACACCUGACAUUAAGCAAUGGAGAUUAAUAAGGCACACCGUAAAAUUUGAAGAACAGGGAGAUUUUGAAUCAGAAAAACUCUGGCAGCGGGUAACUCGAGCCAUAAAUGCCAAAGACCAAACAGAAGCUACUCAAGAGAAGUAUGUUUUAGAAGAAGCUCAAAGGCAAACUGCCAGAGAUCGAAAAACAAAAAAUGAAGAAUGGACUUGCAAGCUAUUUGAACUUGAUCCACUCACAGGAGAAUGGCAUUACAAGUUUGCAGACACCCGACCAUGGGACCCGCUUAAUGAUAUGAUACAGUUUGAAAAAGAUGGUGUUAUCCAGACCAAAGUGAAACAUCGUACUCCAAUGGUUAGUGUCCCAAAAAUGAAACAUAAGCCAACCAGGCAACAGAAAAAAGUGGCAAAAGGAUAUUCUUCCCCAGAACCUGAUAUCCAAGACUCAUCUGGAAGUGAAGCUCAAUCAGUGAAACCAAGUACAAGAAGAAAGAAAGGGAUAGAACUGGGAGACAUUCAAAGUUCCAUCGAAUCUAUAAAACAAACACAGGAAGAAAUUAAAAGGAAUAUUAUGGCUCUUCGAAAUCAUUUAGUUUCAAGCACACCUGCCACGGAUUAUUUUCUGCAGCAAAAAGACUACUUCCUCAUUUUCCUCCUGAUUUUGCUUCAAGUCAUAAUAAACUUCAUGUUUAAAUAGAAGUUCUCUACAGUUGAAUCAAUGAACUGUAAAGAUCAGAUUUGGCCUAGGACCAAUGUUCAAGUUGGCUUGGUCUUUAUUAAAACAUCACAAUAUUUCUAAAACAAAAACACCUAGGAAAUAAAUAUAGAGGUGUUGACCUUUAAUAUCUUUUAUCUUUAACCUGAAACAAGAGCUAUCCUAUUUGGUUAUUAAAGUGACCUGUGUAUUAAGUGCCAGGACAUUCGUAGCUUUUGUGAGAAUGUGUCUACAUGUGAGCAUAAUAAAUCCACAUGUAUACACAAUUGUCUCUUAUGUACUCUUACCUGAUAGUAGUCUUUGUAUUCUAUAAUAUGUUCUGAGAUACGUUAACAUUGUUCAUAACAAAAAUGCAUCAAUCUUAUAAUAUAUGUAUAGUAAUCUAUUUUCUUCAUAAAACAGGCACAAAGCUUUUAUCAAUAAGGAAUUACAGACUGAGAAAUGAUGGAAUAAUAGACAUGAUUAAUUCAAUACACUGUACUGUUAAAAUAAUUUCCAAAGCACCCAGCUCAAUUGUCUUCUUAGAAAUAGCAAGAAAAACGUGUGAAUGGUCAGUGAAUAUAUUGAGAGAGACAGGUGGCAAAUUGCUUUUUAAAAAGUUUACACAGAUUUUUUUUUAACCCCUAGAAUUUAAUGUUUAUAGAAACAGGUAUAUAUGUACUUACGUGUAUAUCAAUAUUAAAAAACUUGUACGCAACUACUUGGAUUGAUUACAAUACCAGUUUAAGCACUUGUUAAAAAAAGUGUGGUCAAAAUUCACUGUUUUUUAAUGUUUUUUUAAGUCAGCUGGUCCAUAACUUAGGCCAAAUUCUAGAGAUGUUUAAAGGGCAUAUGAAAUGCUGAUAAUUCAUGUUUUUUUCAUUAUGAAAAAUUUAUUUUAGCUUUCAUUUAGACCCUAAUGUGUUCAGUGAAUAAGUAGAAUAAAAAAAUUAUAACUACUAUUUUACUUCAAAAGCCAAAAAGAGAAAGGCAAUAAGACACUGUAUGGUGGCCUUUAUGUGUACAUUAAAAUUGGUUUCUUUAAAAUGUGCAAUAAUUUGAACAUCUGAGAAGAUUAUCAAGUUCUGAAGUUUAAUUCUUUAUUAUCCCCUUUUGUUCUUAGUAACUUCCUUCUGUGGUAAAACCACAAUUCUUUAAGAUUCCUUUUGUUCAGGCUCAGGCACACUUUUUCCUAAGAUUUUGUUUGUUUGUUUUUUCAGUUUAAUUUUUUGACAUUGUGUUUUUACAUACAUAUUUGUAAGUCCUCAAGAGCAAGUUUUGCCAAGAGCAGUUAAGUUUAGGAACAUAUUGUCUUAAAAUAUGUCUUAGAAUCCUGAAAGUAUAGAUUUUGAAAUAAUUAUUAAUUAAAAUGAAGGUCAGAGAGAGGAAUUGCUCUGGCCACAUUUGCCUUUGACUAAGAAGAGACUGUGAGACACUAGUAAAACUACAAUCAACUGUUUAUGCUGUGAUAAAUAUAAAAUCAAAGGAUUAUUGCUAAAUUAUGAAAAUUAAAAUAAAAAGAGCCUGCUUUUUUCCCCUAACCAAUAUAGCUGUCUUAAGUACGCUUAGGUUUCUAUGAAGAACCAUUUCCCAUGUUUCGUUGACAAAAUAAUGUUGUAUUUUAUAUGUGCAUGUGAAUUUAUUUUUUAAAUUGAUAAAAGCAUAAAUAAGGUAUACUUAUAGCCAGUAUUCUCAUGACUACAUUGGAGUGAGUGGUUUUUUUGUUAUAGUUCAUAUUUGUCAAUAUAAUUUUUGUAUUCACAUUCUGUUACCAAUGUUAUGCUCAACUGCCUAUUCGUUGAUAUAUGAUAGUUUGUAAAUAUUGUACAAUUUGAUCUUUUUUAUGGUUUAAAUUAGUAUUUAUAUUACAUAUAACUUGAUUGGCUGAUCACAAAGUAAUUUCAUCAUUAAACCCUGAAAACUUAAAAAUUUUUGUGACCCACCUCUUAGGGUUUUGGUCUUAUCCUCUUGUUUGUUAUUUUUAUUUGGUCAAGAUGAUGUUUUAUUUGUAUGGGUGUCUUCUAAGAUUAGAAAGGUAUUUUCUUUAUUUAAAAAAAAAAAUUCUUUUAGGGCAAAUGUUAUGGAUUUUUACCCAAAGAGUCAAAAACUAUUUCAUAAGAAAGAGCAGGGUUAUUCAUGACUGUUUUUUAAUACACUAAAAGCAUACGUCUAAUCCAAUAGUCCUUUUAAUGCUUUUAGUUGUAUGAAUUCCUUUCUAUGAACUGAACACAAAACUCAGGAAUUGGUGGUUUAAUUUUAGAUCAGUGCUUCUACUAGGAUUAGUAUGUGAAUCUUUAAAACACAUAGUUAAUUUUGUAUUUAGCCAUAGUAUGUAAUUGACUUUGAAUGUUCUUUACCUGAGAGUAAUCUUCCUUCACACAUGGAUUCAUAAUGUGAUUUACAGUUUCCAAUUGUCUGAGAGCCUCAUAAUGGUUUCUAGGAUUUAUAGCUUUAUGACCAGUUUUCUUCAAACGUUUAUCAAAAUUUCAUUUUCCCACAUGAAAACUUAGAUGAGUAAUUAUUGAUCUUUCUUAGUUGUUAAAUUACUAUGCCAUCAGUUAUCCACCAUUUAGUAAGAGAUGUAGCUGGCCAAGGA